AUGAAUUUAACAACAGAGCAGACACUGACCUAUCGCCGAGAGGUGGUGACAUAUCGGCUGGACGUGAUCGUGGUGCCGACGGUACUCCUCGGAAUCAGCGCGAUCAUGCUAAUCAUCAUGUUCGUCUUGGCUUACUGCCACCGCCAAAACGUGGCCUUGCCGCGUUACCGCAGGUCCCUUCGCCAGCGAGCGCGCCACCUGCAGGGCGUCGACGCGCCCCCUGGAAUUGAUCCAUUGGAACACGAGGAGGUGCCAAUGGCCGUCCACCGGCGGGCGGACGGUGCGAACGGGCCUCUGGGCUCUUUACGGCAGGUGGUGGCGCUCCCGCGCACGCUGUCCGUCGCUAGCGACGACAGUUUCGGACUCUACCGUGCGCGAAUGGACGACAAGGACGUCGUGCUAAGGGUGCUCAAAGACUCAGCCAGCGCGGAGGAACGACGUCACUUCCUGAGUUUUGCCUCCUUCGUGUCGGGCUUGGGGCCGCACCCAUUUCUGCCGGUGCUGAUGGGCAUGGUCUCCCAUCCACCACCCGUUAGGAUGGUGAUGGAAGAGAUGCAGCACAGAGAUCUGCUGGGCUUCUUGUGGAAAUGCAGAUAUAGCAUCAAUAACCAAAACGUGUCGGCAUACAAUAUGACAGAAAAGCGACUCUUCACCAUGGCAGCACAAGUAGCUUCUGCCCUGGAGUACCUGCACAGCCGGCGUUGCGUUCACGGCAACGUAGGCGCUCGCAGCGUCCUGGUGGGUGGGGACCUGACGGCCAAACUGUGGGGACUAGGUGCCGCCCACCGCCGCCGAAGCCAGGCGCCCGCGUCGCCGGGGUCUGAGCUGAAGAAGUGGCAGCCGCCUGAAGUCCUGGCCCGCCGAGACUUCAGCCCCAGCGGUGACGUGUGGUCCUUUGGGCUUCUGCUUUAUGAAAUGAGCACAUUGGGUGAGCCCCCGUUUGCCGAGGUGCACUCUACUAACCUCCUGCAGCACCUCCAGAGAAGAAAUUCUCUCCGCCGUCCGGCGGGGUGCUCUAGCGCACUUUUUGCCAUCAUAUCGUCAUGCUGCCAGUGGAGCCCUCGACAGCGCGUCACCGUGGCGACGCUGCUGGAAAAGCUCCAAGCGGGCGCCAGGAAGGCUGACGGGCAGACGCCCAUUCGAGCCGCCGCCCCCAUUGACGUGGAACGCUACAUGCGGCAGGCGGGCUACGGGGACGCCUACAACUACGCACUGCUCUGA